GCUUAUUCACACUUUUAACGAUUGAAGCUAUUCUUAGUAAUUAUAUUGUAUACCUAGUAGUUGGAGCAUACGAACUGCUCCACCCCUUUUACUGCUAUUGACUCUCAUCAAAAUACAAUGUUGAGCAGGUAACAUGGAUUAGGUUGACUCGGGAUUGCUUUGAGUAAUUGGAAACAUGGCCUCAAAUGGCCUUAGCUCACCCCCUCUACCAGGACGGGAUGGCAUAUCAUCGGGGCCGUUGUCGCCCACAGGCAGCUCUAGUCCGAGUUUAGGGAGUCGAUCCUCAAACCCCCUAUCGUCAAAAGUGACAUCGGUUCUCUCUACCUCGUAUGCUGAUUCCGAGUUCCGAGAAUCUCUUGCUCUGUUGGAUGAACGUGGCAUCAGCAAUACCGCGGAGACCCGAAGACAGCUACGGCUAGAUGUCCAGAAAGAGGUCAUCGACAGCAAUGGCAAAAUAAUCACUGAAUUUGGACGAGUGGCUGAGCAACUAAGGAGGAUUGGCACGACCAUCGAUAAGCUCAACAAGAGCUAUCAGGAUAUGAGAGGCCACGUCACCGCAGCCCACGAGUCGACAUCCUCUAUCUUAGAGGAAGCCUCAUCUAUUAUGACACAGAGGCGUAAUAUUGAGACGAAGCAGCAAGUGUUGAAAGCCUUCCGCGAGCACUUCGUUCUUUCGGAAGAUGAAGUUGCCUCCUUGACAUUAACAGCUGAACCUGUUGACGAUCGCUUCUUUGCUGUCCUAGCCAAGGCGAAGCGUAUUAGAAAGGAUUGCGAAUUCCUUCUCGGAUUCGAGAGCCAGACUCUCGGUCUCGAGGUUAUGGACCAGACGUCCAAGAAUUUAAAUCAUGCAUUUCAGAAGCUCUAUCGUUGGGUUCAAAAAGAGUUCAAGACUCUCAACCUUGAAAAUCCCCAGAUCAACUCAUCCGUUCGCCGAGCCAUCCGUGUGCUUGCGGAGCGCCCAUCUCUUUUCCAAAACUGCCUGGACUUCUUCGCCGAGGCUAGAGAGCAAAUCCUGUCCGAUGCCUUCUAUCUAGCUCUCACAGGGGAUUCGUCAUCUGGCGCAAAGGAUCACUCCGUAAAACCGAUAGAACUAGUUGCGCACGAUCCGUUGAGGUAUGCGGGAGAUAUGUUGGCGUGGAUACAUUCGGCCGCGGUUAGUGAGCGCGAAGCCCUUGAAAUCCUUUUCAUAUCCGAUGGAAACGAAAUCGCCAAGGGGAUCCAAGAAGGCCGAGAGAAUGAGCUAUGGUUGCUGAUGGCCGACGAGACGGACGGUCCUCCAGAAUUUGACGCCGUCAAGGCUUUGAACGAAUUAGUCGACAGGGAUGUCUCCGGUGCGGCGCGCAUAUUGAGACAGCGAGUUGAACAAGUCAUCCAGACCAACGAAGAAACUAUCCUAGCAUACAAGUUAGCAAACCUACUUGGCUUCUACCGAUUCACAUUUUCCAAACUCCUCGGUGCCGAAUCCGGCCUCCUACAAGCAAUGGGCAAUCUCGAAUCCGAAGCACUGCGGCAGUUCCGCUCCCUAAUGCGGGAUCACAUCACAACCCUCGAAGGCGAAUUCCAACACACGCCCUCCGACCUCGCGCCCCCGGAGUUCCUCCAGGACGCCCUCAAUCAACUCACCGCCAUCAUGAAAACCUACGAAACCUCGCUGGCCGAGGAAGGGGACCGCGAAGCCGACUUCGAGCCCAUCCUAGCCGAGUCCUUCGACCCCUUCCUCUCGGGCUGCGAGAACAUGUCCAAGAACAUCCGCGCGCCCUCGACCUCCAUCUUCCUCAUCAACUGCCUGCUCGCGGCGCAAGCCGCGCUCGACCCCUUCCGCGCCUUCACGCGCGCGCGCCUCGAGCGCCUGCGCUCCGCCAUCGCCGACCACGGCGCCAAGCUCGUCGAGAGCCAGUACGCCUUCUUCCGCUCCGAAUCUGCGCUAGAGCCGCUCUUCGCCGCCCUGGCCCCGCUCAGCGAGAACAGCAGGGAGGACGUGGCCAAGGUCGCGGGGCUCGACGCCUUGCAACCGGAGGCCCUCGCGAGAGCCGGCCAGGGCCUCGACGACUUCUUGCCCUCGGCCGUCAUGGACGCCAUGGAAAACGUCAAGCACCUGCAGGACGCGGCCCUGGCGCGCGAGGUCACCGAGGAGGCUGCCGAGCGGUUCUGCGUCGACUUUGAACAUGUCGAGGAGCUGCUCGCUGCUGCGGACGAGCUGGCUGAGGAGACGGGAGGAGGAGGAAGGGGAGGGGAAGAGGAGCCGUCGAGUCUAAGGGCGCUAUUUCCGAGGACGACGGGUGAGAUUAGGGUGUUAUUAUCUUGAUACGAAUACCUUGGUAAGUAUAGAAGGAGUAUGCAUGGUGUGGUGACGCCAUUGUCGUCAAUAUGAAGGAAUUAGGGCGGAGAGGGAGGUCAAAAAAAGGGUGUUCUAAGAUUAGACAUGCACAGUAUUUUCUCUUCUUAUAGGCAUGUCGAUGUAAAUGCGAGUCGCUAGCUGAUAUGUAGGACGGAGCACCUAAGAUACACAAAUAUCCCGAUAUGUUUCU